CACAGCCUUGCCGGCGAUUCAGCUUGAUUGGGCCGCUUGCUCGACGCUCCAGCACACCGGGUCCAGCGAGGAGCCGCAGGACUGCUCCGACGCGCUGCGCCUACACUCCAGCGCCGCCGCGGCAGACAAGAAGCGGCCAUGGCCUGGGGCGACGACGAUGAUGAAGAGGAGGCCCUGCCCGCGCGCACCGAGACGGCCGUGAAUGAAAAAGGCUUUAAGACCGUCGUCGAGUGGUCGCGGAACGCGGCGGAGCAGAAGGUGAAGACGACCAAAGAAAUCUUCGUCAAAGUCGUCGAGACGCGCGAAUCCAAAGCUGUCCAAGGCAGAGUGCAACGUUUAAGAAACAACCGCUUCGGCAUCGCCGGCCAAGAAAAAGAUGAUAGCAACGUGACCAUCGUCGCCCACAACGACGAGCGCGUAACACUGGAAGAAGAAGGAGGCGAAAACGAUACCCAGCAAAACGCGGCCAAGGCGAGCAUGAACGAGUUCGCCAAAAAACAGAUGUGGCGCAAGCUCCAGCAGAAGUACGGCGUCGAGGGCGAGGGCGGCAGCAUGCCUCCUGGUGAUGAUGCUGCUCCCGCUGCCGUGCCGGGCAUGCGUACAAGCUAUGUGCCUCCUUCCAUGCGCGGGCAAGCGGGCGCUGGGGUGGCCGGCUCGGCGUUGGCGCGCAUGGCGGCGAUGCCCCAAUAUGAUGAUAGGGAUCAGUCGUCGCUGCGAGUGACGAACAUUUCGGAAGAGACGACCGAGGCAGAUUUACAGGUGCUGUUCGCUCCUUAUGGUCGUAUAGCUAGAAUCUAUCUAGCGAAAGACAGAGAAACGAUGAUCUCGCGCGGCUUCGCCUUCGUGUCGUUUGUGCAUCGCCAAGAUGCCGAACGCGCCAUGGGCGCGCUCCAGGGCCACGGCUACGACCACCUGAUCCUCAAGAUCGAGUGGGCGAAGCCGUCCGCGCCGAAGCCCGACGCCGGUGGUGGCGGCGAGGGCGGCCUGUCGUCGGGCUACACGUCGGGCUACGGCAAGGCGCUCGCGCAGGACACGAAGGAACGGGUCAGUUACGCGUCGAACCUGACGGCGAACCGCUAGUUGCACGAGUAAGUGGGA